AUGUCUUCGUCCUCCCACGAGCAAAGCUCAACUCGCGAUUUGAAGGUCCGAUUGUCGUCCGGCUCAUCUCCAUCUGUCCUCAAAGUGACUCUCGAGAAUGAGAGCCGAUCACACACCUAUGCGCUUCUUACCUGGAACACUCCUCUUGAUGAACAAGCUCUAAACAUCGGUGCUCUGACGCUCGAGGACGCCAAGACCGGAGAGGCAGUACCGGGACCACAGAUGAAGGUCAACAGAAAGCUUCCUCCUUCCCGCGAUGCAGUUUUGGAAGUCGCUCCUCAAUCCACUGUCAGCAGAGAAGUCAAGCUCUCUUUCCCAUGGCUUCCGAAAGACGGCAAGACCUAUCGUGUUAAGGUGCAGGGACCAUGGAAAGCUGUGUGGGCGAAACCAGCAGCCCAGGUCACGGAUGAAGAACUCUCAGAGAUGACUGGCGACAGCCACCUGCUCGAGGAGACUAUUCGUAGUGAGAGCGUGGAAUUGCAACUGGGUGAAGCAAUCUUAUCCUGA